AUGAUCGGCUCAUUUUGGAACCUUUGUAGAGCGUGCCCAUCAAUGCCUGUAGAUAAGCUCCAUUCGGAAUAUAGAAGUACGUAUCGAUGGCACGAAUAUACCGGGGGACCCGAUGUCGUAAGAAAACCACCUGUGCCAAAUCAGUUCGCAGCCAGCUCGAAGGCGGAUCACUUUUUCUCGAAAUCAACGGAGGAUGAAAAGUUUAUCGAAGCCUCGAUCAACGAACCGCCCUUGCCGAGAAGGAAAAAGUGUCCCGAGCUAGCGUAUCGGACGAACGAGUUUUUGGCCACACGGGGUAAAUCUGAAGCCAUCGGGCACGAUCGUACCGAUGCUGGAGCAACGACUCACACUAGAGCAAGGUCUGAAGAGCGUGGAACGCCGUCGCGCCGCAGUAAAUCGGAGGGACCGCCGGCAGGUGUCUCUAACGGAAGGCUUCCAACCGGGACCGGAUAUGCGAACGGAACCAUCGAGCCGCCGCCGGUUUCGAACGCGGGCAGGGCACUGGAACAGGCGGGUGAGUCUUCUACUAGUGGACUAUUCAAAAAAACCAUUACCAAACUGAGCACGGAGUAUCGGCUCCAGUUCGUGUGGCCACACGUGCGGCGUGCGAUCAAGGGCGGCCCCGGGGCUGGUGCGCACGGCGCUGGCGACGGUGACGGUGCGGACACUAUCGAUGCACCCCCGCGCAAGUCCCUCUCCAUGGGUGCACUGAAGGCGGCCCAGAUCGGAGCCGCCGCCGGUGGCGGCACCAUCGCUUCCGUACACAAAAAACGAACGACUAACGAGCGAGAAGCCACGGCCACGGAGCUCGAACCACUGGUCAACGAUUGCGAACCGUCGAUGGAAAAGUCGCAGCAGCCGAAUGAAAAACGCGGCGAGAUGGCUCGCGUUGUGGAGCAGAAAAUAAAGGCACUGCGCGUGGAGAAGGAAAAGUUUGGUUUCGCGCCGGAGGCAAAUGAUGCGUCCCGGGCACAGGCAAGUUCCGGUAUCGACAAUGCCUGGUACAAGGAGGUCCUGGAGCUGCGGAAGAAAGCUGGCGAGUACCGGAACCGGGGCUGGGGAGUGGAGAUGAAUCCGGAUCUCUUUAACAAGCAGGUUGAGCUGUGGGACCAAGUAUCCCGUCGCAGUUCGCUGAGUGCACUUUCGUUGGCAUCAAGCGUUCGGCCAAUUACGAAAGAAGAAAAGGAGAAGGAGAACAACAAGAAGAGCUCUCCAACGAAACCGUUCAAUCGGGGAGCCCGUGUACCGGGUAGUGCCCGACCGGUUGAGAUCAGCAAGCCGGGACUGCCGGAUGGGUUGAACUUCUCCGCAGCCGCCCGUAGCCGCAAGGACGCCAUUCGUCACCAUCUGGAGCGCACGACCGGUCCGGAUGUCGAGGAAGGUGCGCUGUUGCCUUCGCCGACACGCGAGAAGCUUAUGCCAGCAAUACCACGCUCCAAGGCAGACAGUCCACAGCGUGGCAGUCCUCAGAAGACCGCACUGUCACGCCACGGUAGUCCGCAGAAGGGAAGCCCACAAAAGAUCAGCCCGAAGAAAAUGUCCAGCAAGGGACGUUCGCAAUCCGUAGGGCCGGCAGUCGCCACCGACGGUAGCGCACCUGUGGUUGCCGGUGGCUCGCCGAAGCGUCAGAUCCGUUCCGGCAGUACGGUCGCUGCCUCGACGGCUUCAUCGGCGGCCAAAACGCACAAGAAAACGCCGACCUCGGCAACGGCGCCGACCAUCGCGCAAAACCAGCAGCAGCAGUCGCAGCAACCGGAACGAAGACCACGGCCGACAUCCCUUUCCACCACCACCAAUCACUCCCGCUCGAAGAGCAGCACCCUGCCCACGAGCCGCCUCCAUCCUCCGCAUUCCAGUAAUCUCACCAACCUCACCAACAACAAUCAUCUUCCCAAUGCAUCACCAUCAUCAUCCGCCGCCACAAUGGCCGCGUCCAUGAUCGCGUCCACCACCAACACCGGCACCCCAUCCACCGCCGCCACCGCCCGCGCCAAGCUAACGCUCGCGACCGGUACCAAGCGGCAACCGCAGGGGGGCCGGUCGGUCAAACCGCCCACCAGUCUGGCGAGCGACUCCUCUGCCCCUUCGUCCGCGUCCAGUACGCUGAGGAAGAAGCAGAGGAUGGUGUCCGAGGGCGGUGUCGGUGGUGCCGGCGGUCGGGGCAGUACCAGCGCCAGAUCGGUUGAAUCGGACAAAAAAUUACCCAUCGGAAGCGUUGAGGAUGCGGACAAGGAAAGUAUCCCAACCGUGGGCCCAACCGUGGCCCCGCCACCGGAGAUACUGGAGCAGAUAAUCAAGUCACCUCCAGAACCGACGCGAGUUAAGUCACCGGAGCAAAUCAUUAUGCGCUCGCCAGAUCCCGUCAACUGGACGGUGCCGUUGGACACCGGGAAAACGUUCACUGUGACGCAGAAUGUGCGAGAGGGUGAUCCAAUGAUUCGUCCGCACAGUGAAAUUAAGGCAUCCACUCCAGUAGAACAACCGCCGCCACCACCACAGUCGGCACCACCAGAGCUUUCUGAACAAUCGAAAAUGCCUAAUACUAAGCUAGAACCAAGCUCGAUUAAGGAAUCGGAAGAUGAAGACGAUGAUUUGCCACGGUCGAAAUCAUCCGUUGCUUCGUCGGUGAAUCCUACGUCGAUAGCGAUCUCGGAGCCGAUGACCGUUUCGCAACCACCACCACCAUCAUCCCAGCUACCCUCCCAACCAUCUGCGGCACCACCGACUGUCGGAGACACUAAAGCCGAUCAGGCAGUAUCGGGUGUUGCUCCAGUUCCCGCACCGGAACCGGUUCGCUAUGAUAAACCCGUGGCCGGUUCGACGCUACGCUGUCUGGACGAUCCGGCCUUCGAGUCAGACAUCAACUCACCGCUGGCGAACCGUAACGUAGCUACGGAGGUGCUUGACAAGGCGCGCGAUCGUUUCGAUCGCUUCUGGGGCAACCCGAACGAAAAGCCGGAAGAAUCUUAA